AUCAUUGAGGUGGUGCGCGCGCCGCACAGGUUCCGUACGCGGCAAAUGUGAUGGAAUAUGUGUAUUUCGUGAUGCGAAGAUUAACUGCAGCCUCUGAUCCAUCGAUGUGAAGUGUAGAAAAAAAGAAAAAAAAAAGCCGUCACGUGGUUAUUUCUUACGAGGGUCGACGCCGUGUGUGGUGCCUUGUGUUGUGUUUGCGAAAAAAAAAAAAAAACGUGAGUGAGUAAGCGUCCCGUGCAAGUGCGGCCGGAAGCACUCGGCGGAUUUUAGCGAACUCUGUCAAGGUUCGUCCGAGAGCGUAGCUACUCAUUUUGGCCGGUGCGCGUCGCCCACCGUUGCCAGCUGGAUGCGCAUCCCUUGGAGAGGGACCUGCUGCAUGAGGUGAGGCUGUGUCAUGCGGGCCGUCUCCUAUUGGCCGGGGUCUUCCAGCCUUCAGCUCUGUGGAUGACUGCUUCAGCACCGUCCGCUUCGCCUGCCUCGGUGUCCGGUGAAAGACCAUGUCCAAGAGGACACUGGGCAGCUCAGGCGUUCCCUUCCACGUGCGACCGUCAGAGCUGUCCCAAAGUGGCAAGAAGGCCUUACACUGCCUCGUAUUCUUCCUGGACGACUCUCAGCACACCUUCGACAUUGAGAAGCGCUCCAAGGGUCAGGUACUGCUGGACCUCGUCUUCCGACACUGCGAGCUUGUGGACAAAGAUUUCUUUGGACUGCAGUUUUCGGAGAAGGCGUCUUCCGUUGAUGGCAUGAGGUGGCUCGAUCCAGUAAAGUGCAUUAAGAAACAAAUUAAAGUGGGUCCGCCGUACCUCUUGUAUUUUCGCGUUAAAUUCUACGUUUCGGACCCGAGCAAGUUACAAGAAGAAUGGACGAGGUAUUAUUUCUUUCUUCAGUUAAAGAAGGACAUUCUUGAAGGUCGCCUUGUUGUGCCUCCUGCUACAGCUGCUCUGCUUGCAAGCUAUGCUGUUCAAUCUGAGCUUGGUGACUACAAUCCUGAGGACCAUAAGCAUGGCUACUUAGCAGACGUGAGACUGGUUCCACAUCAAACCGAAGAACUGGAAGAGAAGAUUGCCGAGCUACACAUGUUACAUAAGGGCCAAACGUCAGCUGAUGCGGAAUACAACUUUCUAGAGCAGGCUAAGCGUUUGGACAUGUACGGUGUGGACCUGCAUAGGGCAAGGGUAAGGGAUUCUGCGCAGUCCGAAAUUCAGCUGGGUGUUACGUCCUAUGGACUGGUGGUCUUUCAAAAUAGUAUUAGAAUCAACACAUUUUCUUGGGCAAAGAUUGUAAAAAUAUCCUUCAAAAGGAAGCAGUUCUUCAUCCAGCUAAGAAGAGAAGGGGCGGAAAGCUACGAUAACCUCUUGGGAUUCAACAUGCCGAGCUAUCGUUCCUGCAAAAACCUGUGGAAGUCCUGCGUCGAGCACCACACAUUCUUCCGGCUAAACGUGCCUCGUCCGACCACCAAAAGGUUCCUCUUCCGAUUAGGAUCCAGAUUUCGAUAUAGUGGUAGGACAGAAUAUCAAACACUAGAAGACAUGAGAAAAAGAGGGCUUGACGAUCGACCCUUUGCAAGAUCCCCCAGCAAGCGGUGUGUUCGGCAAACUGUGCCAGUGCCUAGCGAACCGAGGGACAAGAAACCGUCCAAAAUUGUGCCACGCAUGAACGGAACGUCCAACUCGCAUGUGCGCCCCUACGACAGCUUCAGUCACAAAGUACAAAUAUCGGAUCCAGAGUACCUGCCGCGAAAGGCCUGGGCUGUCACUCCAAGUAGCGAAGCGCAAGCCUUCACUCCAGCUAUUCCGCCCAAGAUGAUUCGGUACGCCGAUGAUGACUCACUGCCAGAAUUGAUUAUGAGCAACGGCGGAACAGGUGUUACGGACGACGCGUCUCAUGUGCGCAUCCGCAUGCGUGCUGACGACCAAGGACGUUUCGGCUUCAAUGUGAAAGGUGGUGCCGACCAGCGACUGCCCAUCCUUGUGUCUCGAGUGGUGCCCAACACACCCGCCGACACAUGCGUGCCUCGACUCAACGAAGGGGACCAACUCCUCCUCAUCGACGGCAAAGACGUCUCAGGACUAUCGCACGAACAGGUCGUCAAGCUUAUCCGGACGCCGAAGGAUAAUGGGGAGCUGGUGCUUACUGUCAGGCCACAGGUGUACGUGGGUGAUGAAGCAGAGGAGCCCGACUUCCAGUACAUCCCAGAUUCGUCGGCGGUGUCCACGAAGGGCCCUCGUUCUGGGGCCCUGGGAGAGUCCAUGCUCCUGUUGGCUGAAGGUCUUGAAAGUGGCGCCACCAUCGCGCAGUUCGAGCAAUUGUACAGAAAAAAGCCUGACACUACCAUGAAGGCUGCCAGGUUGCCUGCAAACCUUAAUAAGAACAGAUACAGGGACAUCUCCCCAUAUGAUGUAACACGAGUGGUCCUAACAGAGGGUUCGUCCGGGGAUUAUAUUAAUGCCAGUUUUGUAAAUAUGAACAUCCCAACGUCGGGCAUUGUAAAUAGAUAUAUUGCGACACAGGGACCUCUACCCAAUACCACUGUAGACUUUUGGGAGAUGGUGUGGGAGCAGCAGAGCACUUUGGUGGUGAUGCUGACGACGCUUAUUGAAAGGGGCCGAAUCAAGUGCCACAAGUAUUGGCCCAACCUAUAUGAGACGGAAACAUACAGUAAGCUGCAAGUGUCCUGCGUGCGAGAGAAAGAGACCACGUCCUUUGCCUUUAGAGAGUUUACUCUCAUCAACACACAGAACAAAGAGGAGCGGCACAUAACGCACAUGCAGUACCUGGCGUGGCCAGACCACGGCGUUCCCGACGACGCGUCAGACUUCCUGAGCUUCGUCCAGCAAGUGCGCCGAAACCGGGACGGCAUGGUCGAGCCAACUGUGGUGCACUGCAGCGCGGGGAUUGGACGGACGGGAGUGCUGAUCCUCAUGGAGACAGCCAUGUGCCUCAUUGAGGCUAACGAGCCGGUCUAUCCACUGGACAUCACGCGGCACAUGCGCGACCAGAGGGCCAUGCUCAUCCAGACUGCUAGUCAGUACAAGUUUGUCUGUGAGGCUGUGCUUAAAGUUUACAAUGAAGGCAUUGUGAAGCCACUACCCGAGUACCAGAGAUGUCUUACAACCACAGUAUGAGGCAAAUUACGUGAUGAGUGCCAGUGGAAGCACUGACGUUGAGCAGCUGUUCUGUUGAUGACGAUAAUGACAGACUCUGCCUGUCAUUAGGAAAUCUUGCUGCCAGAUUCUUCACAUGCUGCCAGUGUAUGUGGAUGAGUCAACAAAUGUUUUAAGAAACGUCGGAACCUGCAGGAUGUCCGCAGGAAGCAGAACGGACUUAUAAAAAGCAGUUGGUCUUACGCUGCGGUCUGCUUUUACUCCCUGCUUCAGUACCGGAAGCAAGGUGCCGUUGUACCGUAUUUUUAUAGAGCUGCGUGCAGCAGCCAAGUAAGCUUAACUUGUACAUACACACACAAGAUGAUCCUUUUGUGCUGUAGAUAUGUGUUUCUCGAGUCACGUGUGUGUGAUGUGAUAGCAUGUGCAUUUCGACGAAUGGCAGUCUGAAUAUUGUCCUUACGUGGCAUCUCAAUGGUAAGAAAGAACGGACACUGCAAUACAUUUGUGCAUUGGUAGACAUUGGGACUCCAUUAAGGUUCACAGUGUUUAAUUUAUGAGCAAGUCCACGGUGCAUUUCACUCGAUGCAGCCGAUAGGUGGCAGUGGCCAAUGCCUUCUAGACUAAACAAGGCCCGAUCACUACAGAUGUGAUGUCUUACGAGUCACUCCAGCCAUGACCAUGCCUAGAGUGGGUCGUAGCCAUGGAAAGCCACCUUUAGCCACAUCCGUAGCCAUGGAAAGCCGCCUUUAGCCACAUCCGUAGCCAUGGAAAGCUGCCUUUAGCCACACCCGUAGUCAGACUCUCUGCAGACGGCACAAGCAGUGAAGGAGGGAGAGGAGGUCUUGUUUAGUCCAGAUGGUGCGUCUGCUCACAAUGCGCUGUUGAACGUGCACGUCUGCAAUGUUUCUACAUGUCUGUUUGCCCGUCAAACAGCUUCUGUGACAGAGAGCUGGUCUCUGCUUAAAAAAAAAACGGUACAAAAAGUCAUGGUAAGUGGUUUCUGUUCAUGCUCACAUGACACGUAGAAUAUUUCAAUGAAUUGUUGCUAAAUUAUUCGUAAUUAUUGCCCAGAAAACGUCGACUGGCACAUCUCAAAGACAAUUUAGCCAUAAAACUGAAGCUACAAGCACACUUACAUAAUAAACAAAGGGAAUUAGCCAAUGCACUUACAUAUCUCGAAAGACACUUGACAGGAUAUCAAUGAAUUUUUGUAUCCGCGGUUUUGCAUACAAUACGUAUCGUGGAUUGGAUAAAAUAACUUGGAUGGUUGCCAAAAUAUCUAACACAUACUACUACAUAAUCUAAAAAUUGUUAAAAUUACAGCAAGCACAGAUAUUUCAACAACCAUCCAACAGCACAGCAACUCGUAUUGUGAGCAGCUGCGUGCACUACAUUCAGAUGCCAUCCAAACCCGUGUUCGUUCUGGGUCAUCCCAGUUGGCACACGAAAUUCAGGAGAUGUGUAUGCGCCCAAACAGAGCAUCUCAGUACUGCCAAAGAACAUGGAGCGUUAGCCAUUGCACUCAAGUGUCAAGCCCUGUUUCAUCCUCUUGUUAUCUACCUGUGGCAACAUAUCUGUGCUACUGCCAAUUCUGUAAAUGGGGGGAAUUGAAGGAAGUCCCUUGGCUGUUGAAUGUAGGCAGUGUGAAUGGCGUGUUGUUCGCCAGUGCGGUGAGCUGCCUGCGGCCUUGUGGCGGAAGUUACUAUACAGUGUAGGCCAUUUAUGGUAAUCCUGCGUACAGUAAGAUACCGGUUAUAUACCACAUAUUCUCUGAAUACCUCUUGCAGUAAACUGUGCCGCACACAGUGUGACUAGGAUCAGCAGUGUGUUAUGUCUUGAAAUUGACAUUAAAGUGACCUUACCAACGUCCUUAAUGCUGCACCAGCCUAACAUAUGCAUUCCAGUAAGUACUGUGGCAUAGAAUGUGGUUACAGAUAGAGGUGACCGCAGGUAACGUUGACAGUAUCCACAGUUGCACAACACUUGCACUUGUUACAACUGCAACAGCGUUACUUGGUAUAGCUGUACCUGCAUCCAUGCAGAUCCUCACAUUCACGAUCAUUGCAUUUGUAGGGAAAAAUCUACACGAUGAAACGGAAUCCCGGCAGUAGCGGUUGUGUGCACAGGACGCAGCGUAUUACACACCUCAACACGCCAUUUUGAAUUCACUGAGUACUCUCAAUUGAACCUCUGUAUGCAAUAAGGGGAUAAGUCGAAAAAUCCCAAACCGAGAAAAGGGGCCUGAUCUGAUUGUGCAUCCCAUUGACAUACAUGCAUUUCCCAUUUCUUACCCUCCUGUAGCUGGCCAAUAAAUUUCAAUAGGGUCCUAAAUUUUCUUUGGCAGGGACAUACUGGUAUGUAGAUGUCAUUGCAGCAAAAAUAGCAAAAAGGGGAUAAAUUGACUUAUCCCCUUAUUGCAUACAGAGGUUCAAUUGUGGCUCCACUUAGGGGUGUCAGCAAACACUCCAAUGCUUAUUUGCAGAUAUCCAUUCACUCUAUGGAGGCUCACGGUCGUGUCAUUGCAGACUUCAAAAUUACAACGGUUGCUAACUUUACCGUAACUGGCACACACUGUAUUUGCUCCAAAGCAAGCCAGGCCAUUUCUCUAUAAGCUUGAUGUAAACAUCCAACAUGUGCACGUGAUGACAUGUCAGCAGGAUGCUGGCAGGAUUGUGGGCUUAGGGUAAUGGGACGGGCCUAAGUAUAGAAUGUGGUACGAGUCGUCUCUGUUGUCUCGUCACAGAUAUAGUGCAACUAUAGUAGUGUAUAUAUAUGAGGGAGAUGUCCGUGGAGAGACACAUGAGGCCUGGGACAUUAGGAUUUUUACAUAAAUUUUGGAACAAACUCUUGACUGCUUUUACAGUGUUUGGUGAUUUCUAUCGGAUACGAUGCUGUGUUAGAAUGCUGAAAGCGAAAGAAAUGAAAUAAAACUUCGAUGCUACAUGUA